AUGAUUGAAAUAGGAAGAAAAUUAGAUAGUAUUAACAUUAAAUCAGAAAGUGACAAAUUUAAUAAAAAUAAUGACAAUAAUAGGAAUAAUGAUAAGAAUUUAGAUAUCCAAAGUACUUCUAAUAGGAAUGAGAUUAAUAGUAACUAUAAUAGACCUAAUUAUUAUUCGAGGCAAAAUUUUGACAGUAGGAAUAGAAAUUAUGAUGAUAACAAUUUUAGUAAUGUUAACGACAACAGGAAUAGGAAUUUUAGUAAUGUUAGAAACAAUAAUUAUUAUAAUAAUAAUAACUAUAGAAAUAAUCAGUUUAAUGAUAGUAACUAUCAAAAUUACAAUUAUCGGUAUAACAAUAGCAACAGAAACUUUCAUAAUAAUAAUUAUCUAUCUUAUAACAACAACUAUGGUAGGAACCACGCCUGGUUUAAUUAUAAUCAGAGGAGACAGAUUCAAUGUGACGAUCAAAAUCAUAAUAAUUACCGAUCUUACAACAACAAUUCAAAUAAUUAUGAAGGAAACAACAGGUGGCAUAGUAAUGAUAACCAAGGAAAACAAAUCGAAUAUGACGAUCGUAAUCGGUGGAAGGAUUUUAAUCAAAGAAAACGAAUCCAGUAUGAUAAUCAAAACUUCUGCGAUAGCAAUAAUUGUAAUAUGAACAUUGAAGAAGUUGGGGAAAAUAAAGUUGGCACUGCCAAAGACAAUAAUGAGAAUGAUUACAAUGUCAACAACCUGGCUGAAAAUACAGACAAAGAUGAUGACAGUGCUUUUAAAACUACUUUGAAAGUAAAUAAUGUUACUACAACUAUGCAGGUUGACACUGGAUCAAAGUAUACCAUCAUACCUCAUGAUAUGGCUAAAAAAAUUGGUAUAAGAGAAAUAAAGAAAUCCAGAUUGCGGCUUACAGCCUACGACGGAAACCUGAUUAAAAUCAUUAAAGAAAUGUCGACACCAAUUAUGAAGAUGAAAAAAGAUUGUGAAUCCAAAUUGACUAGCGAACCAAUUAACAAAAUUGAUCUUGUGGGCGAAGAACUGAAUAGAUGGAUACACGAAAAAAUUAUUGAGCCUGUAAAUGAUGUGCGAUGGGCGAGCCCUAUAACCGCUGUAUACAAAGAUGAUGGGAGUAUCAGGCUUUGCGCAGAUUUUAAAGACACUAUAAACCCAGCUCUCGAAGACUUUAGAUACCCACUUCCACUUCCGAUUGAUAAAAAUAGCAUAAAAUUUUUGACUAUAUCCACACAUAAGGGAUACUACCAAUUUACCAGACUUCCUUUUGGGUUGAAAACUUCAUCUGCUAUAUUCCAACAAAUCAUGGAUCAAAUUUUCGGUGAUAUGAAAGAUGUUAUAUUUUAUAUUGAUGACUUAUUAAUAACUGGAAAUAACGAUGAAGCACAUUUUAACAACAUCAAAAAGGUGUUUGAGAGAAUAUUAUCGUACGGGUUAGUACCUAACUUCGCCAAAACCGAUCCUCUAUAUAAAAUCGUCAACAAAGAAAAAUGGGCUUGGAACUUAGAACACUCUAAAAGUUUUAAUAAUUUUAAGAAGUUGUUUAGUCUUCCUCCUGCUUUGACAUAUUUUACCCCUGAAUUACCUAUAGGGAUAGCCACUGACGCAUCUAAAUGUGGUUUAGGAGCCGAAUUAUUUCAUACUGAAAAAGACGGUAAAGAAAAACCUAUAGCUUUCGCGUCGAGAACUUUAUUAAAAUCCGAAUUGAAUUGCAUUAAUAUUGAGCGUGAGGCUCUCGCUAUUAUGUUCGCUAUAAAGAGGUUCCAGGAAUACUUAAUCGACACUAUACAAUUAUUACUGACCAUAAACCUCUUGUUCACAUCUUUACCAAGGGUCUUAAGGAUAAUAGUACCAUGUCCUUAA